UCACGUGAUGCCGCAGCACGGCGCAGUGCUCGAGGUUUGGGAAGUUACAGAGAACGUGGGAUUCGGUAGAAAACAACGGAAAGAAUCUCUAUCUUAGGAUUUUGAGCAUUGAAGGAAAAAGCACCAUUCACACUGGGGAGAAACACGUAUCGUCUGUGUGUGGAAGAGUCUGUGAAAAUUCAUCUGAAAUGUCCAAACGCCAGCGCAGUCACACUGGGGAGAGACCAUGGAAGUGUGAGGAUUGUGGGAAGGGAUUUCUUUACCCAUCCCGUCUGGAAACACACCAACGAAGUCACACUGGGGAGAAGCCGUUCACCUGCUCAGAUUGUGGGAUGGGAUUCACUCAGUCGUCCCACCUGCUGACACAUCAGCGAGUUCAUACCGGGGAGAGACCAUUCACCUGCUCCCAGUGUGGGAAAGGAUUCAGUCGGUCAUUCAACCUAUUGAAACACCAGCGAGUUCACAAUGGGGAGAGACCAUUCAUCUGUUCUGAAUGUGGAAAAGGAUUCACUCGAUUAUCUAAACUGCCAGAACAUCAGGGAGAACAUGCUGGAGAGAAAACACUCACCUGCUCUGCUUGUGGAAAGGAAUUCACUCAGUCUUCCCAGUGUGAACUGGCUGGUGUAUCUGCAGGUUGGAAGAGACUAUUCACUUGCUCCAUGUGUGGCAAAGGAUUCACUCAAUCAUCCACCCUGCUCAGACACCAGCGGGUUCACACUGGGGAGAGACCAUUCACUUGUUCCCUGUGUGGGAAAGGAUUCAGUCAGUUAUCCAACCUGCGGAUACACCAGCGAAUUCACACUGGGGAAAGACCAUUCACCUGUCCUGAAUGUGGAAAGGGAUUCAUUUGCUCAUCUAAACUGCUGGAACACCAGGGGGUUCACACUGGGGAGAAACCAUUCACUUGCUCAGUGUGUGGGAAAGGAUUCACUCAGUCAUCCAAGCUGCAGAGACACCAGCGAGUUCACACUGGGGAGAAGCCAUUCACUUGCUCCACUUGUGGGAAGGGGUUUACCCAAUCAUCCAGCCUGCAGAGACACCAGCGACUUCACACUGCAGAGAAACAUUCACUCGGUGUACACACCAGCUGAUGCACCAGUGUGUUCAUUCUGGGGAGAGACUGUUUCCUUGUUCCAUAUGUUGGAAGGGAUUCACCCCGUCAUCCAAACUGUUAAUGCACCAGUGAAAUGACACUGGGUGGAUCCUGUUCACCUUCUGUGUUUGUGUAAAAGGAUUUACUGCUUGCAAACACACGAUUGCAGGUCAAGGGUUUUGCUUUUCCUGACAUCAAGGAAUGUACCUUGGUUAUUGGGCUGUUUGUAUUAAUUUUAAAUAAACUCAGCUUUACAAAAGGAGCUGACAAUGUAGGUAAAUGUUGAUACAAUUGUGUAUUUGUGUGAUAAGUUUGAAAAUGAUCACAUUGUCGCUGUACAUCAACACACAGUUACACUGAGUAAAGACUAUCUACUUGCAUAUUGUUUGUAAAGUUAUUUUGUGGAUCAACAGAACUGUUUGAACAGCAAUGGGUUCCCUCAUAACUGUCAGUGAUGGAUUUGAUGCUGCUGUUGGCUAUAUCCAGAAACGUGGUAUGAUGAUAAUUAUAAAAUCACAGGUUCAGUAACCUGUUUGGAUAAAAAUAAAUCAAAUCGGCUUUUUGUUAAAACUAUGAGCAAAGAGACCUUGGAGUGCAGGUUCAUAGCUCCUUGAAAGUAAAGUCGCAGGUAGAUAGGAUAGUGAAGAAGGCGUUUGAUAUGCUUUCCUUUAUUGGUCAGAGCUUUGAGUACAGGAGUUGGGAGAUCAUGUUGCAGCUGUACAGGACAUUGGUUAGGCCAUUUUUGGAAUAAUGCAUGCAAUUCUGGUCUCCUUCCUAUCAGAAGGAUGUUGUGAAACUUGAAAGGGUUCAGAAAAGAUUUAUAAGGAUGUUGCCAGGGUUGGAAGAUUUCAGCUACAGAGAGAGGCUGAAUGGGCUAGGGCUGUUUUCCCUGCAGUGUUGGAGGAUGAGGGGAGACCUUAGAGGUUUAUAAAAUCUUGAGGGACAUGGAUAGGAUAAAUGGACAAAGUCAUUUCACUGAGGUGGGGGAGUCCAGAUCUAGAGGGGAAAGAUCAAAAGGGACCGAAGGGGCAACAGGUAACUAAUUCCAGUCUCAUUGUUUCAUUAAUGUUUCUCAUUUGGUGAACAGCGUUGUUAUCUCAAAUUAGUUGUUUCUUUCAAACUAUAGAUUCUAGAUAAAAAUUCUUCAGAUAAUCACAAUAACUGUAAAACUUUAUAUGCCAGGUAUCUCCUUACUC